AUGGAAAAGAUGAAUCCGCGUGAUCUGUCAAAACGAAAAUAUAACCGUCCGAUAAUCCACACACGGAUCGCUCUAAAUCCAAAGGUCCAAAACGCAAAUCUCCUUCCCUCCAAGAUUUCAAGUUCGCACCUAUAUAAUAGAACCGCUCUGGCUUUAUUCUCUCAUUCUUGUAAACCCCAUCAGCGUUCUCCAUUUCCAUUUGCUCCUCCGCAAUCUACUAGAACCUUCCAAAUGGCCCGUACUAAGCAAACAGCCCGCAAAUCUACCGGUGGCAAGGCUCCCAGGAAGCAGCUGGCGACAAAGGCUGCUCGUAAGUCUGCUCCGGCGACCGGCGGAGUGAAGAAGCCCCACAGAUUCAGGCCGGGAACUGUGGCUCUGAGGGAAAUCAGAAAGUAUCAGAAGAGCACGGAGCUUUUGAUCCGAAAGCUACCCUUUCAGCGGCUGGUUCGUGAAAUCGCACAGGACUUCAAGACGGAUCUGAGGUUCCAGAGCAGUGCCGUUUCGGCUCUCCAGGAGGCUGCUGAGGCUUACUUGGUCGGACUCUUCGAAGACACCAAUCUCUGCGCUAUUCACGCUAAGAGGGUCACCAUCAUGCCCAAAGAUAUUCAACUCGCUAGAAGGAUCAGAGGCGAAAGGGCCUAG